AUGUAUGGGUCUGGUCAGCAGACGUCGGGCCCCUCGCAACCAGAAUGGCGUCGGCCUGCGACGACGCAACAGCGGCCCCCUCCGUCGCAACCUCCUCCUCCUCCUUCGUACAACCCAAAUACUUACGGCCCUAUGUCUACUCAAUCCCCUGUUGUCUCGGGAACAGGUGCAAAUAUGUCACCAGCUACAGGUGUGGACACGUCCUCUUGGGGUGUGCGAUACAAUAGGCAGCAACAUAUCCAAACCCCUCCCCCGUUGCCACCUCGACCGUCCAGCACCCCCGGACAUUCCUCCAGUGCGCAGCCGUCUACAGCCGCUUCUGUAGAUUCUAGCCAACCCAGUUGGACUGCUCCGCAGUAUGAGGUCCAGUCUUCUACACCUGAGCAUCAUCAGCAGUGGCCGACAAGCACACCAUAUGCGCACCAACAGCCUGUGGGCUCGCUUUCAGGCCCGUCGCCACCACCUCUCCCUCCACCCAUCCCUCCGGCUUAUCAGACUGCUGUAUCGCAACCAAAUAGUCAGCCGCCGCAGACUUCAACCCCGUUGUAUACGGCAUCCCCUUUCAGCCCACCGGCUGGUCCAACCUUUCAGCAACCCAAUACCUACCCUUCGUCGAGCUCAGUACCACAGUCGUAUCAGCCUGAGCAGACCCCGGGACUCGUAGGAAGCCCCGCAACGCAAUCAGCUUCGCCGAUGACUGCUCCACCAGUCCCACCUAAAACCAGCGCCAACAUUAUUCCAGCAGGGCCUUCCUCAUUCGGUGCCUUCACUCCUUCCGAUUGGGAGCACCUGUCUCCUCAUCCGGGAAAUGUCGAUGAUGAGAAGGUUUUUGGAUCCAAACAGAACACUGUCGCGCAUGCGGCAACUACCUCGGACUACCCACCGAGCUAUGCAACGGCGGCUGUGCCCAACCCAGCUUCGCAAUCUGUGGUUUCUACACCACCUUCGAAUGUCUCGCCCACCAUUCAGCCCGUGCACCCUCAAGAUACGACGGGAACGCACGACCAGUUCAGGGUUUCGCCUGUUAGCCCGGGAACUAGUCAGGAUACUAUACAUGAUCAGCCGCCGCCGCCGCCGCCUCCUAUUAGAGUGAAGACCGACGACUCUCUAUAUAGUUCUGCAUCGACCACAGAGGCCUCUGAAAGCAUUGACGGCGUCAUUGAGGCGUGGAAGCAGCCCCUACCUAUAGAUUCUAUGUCGCCAGAUGUCCGAAACGACGCGCGUACCUCUCCCGGACCGUCAACUCCGCUGAGACGGCUUACUCCCCUAGACAUUCCUCAAUCGAAACAAGAAGCGUUCAUUCCUCGAAGGGAUAGUCCAGCUCAUUUCGAUGACGUAUCGAGCGAUUUAAAGCCCCAACCAUCGUCACCACGCCCCCAGCAAAUAGACCCCUACGAAGACUUAGACCCCUGGUCCAAGUCUUCACUGGAGCGCUAUGUGUCCAUGCUGCGCAAGGAAGCGGUGGCCGAUUCUGACACAGAACGCUUUAAGAUAUUUACGGCUUUCAUUGCCAAGGAGACGAAGUUGCGCGAAAUUUUGUAUAAUGUUGAUUCCACAGAAGACGCCGCUGAAGCACCGGCGCCAGUCACGCAGCCCCCAGCUCAAGAAUCUCCUGUCACCGACCCAAUGGACUCAGGUCUCAUACCCGUAGAGACUGAAGAAAUCGAUGAUUCUCCGUCUGAUACCCCUGGAGAGCCUGAGGAUGGAAGGUACAGUCCAGGAGGACGCCCGAUCCUCCCCCGUCUCCAUACACCUAAGAUUACAAGCGUGCGCAGGUCGGCUUCAAACCCAGGCGGCCCCAAGUAUGGCCCGGAACGCCUGGUGCAGGGUCAGUUCUCGAGGUCGACGUCCGUGCCACCUGCGAAUGAUUCAAUGCAUAAACAAGAGCAUUCGCCUCUAACUACUAACCCCCCUCGGCCAAUCUACACCCCAUUCCGCUAUACCGAAGGCCCCCAGAGAGGCUCUGAUGAACUAUCAAUUCAUCUUCCAGCAUAUCAAGCAUACUCUGCCCUGCGACAGGCAUCUGCUGCCAGCGGUAGAGUGAUGUCGAAUGCUCCGAACCUACCCUCUGAGGAUACCGGAAGCCCCACCGUGCCAUCCUCGGCGACACAGAAUCAAGACGAUGAAACCUUCAUCGGCCUAAUCAGAGAAAAGAGUGUCGCGUACCGGAAGCACGCGACCCGGAAGACCUCCUCCCCACCGCCAUUGCCAUUGUCUCUCAGGCAGGGAAAGACUGCGAGUUCAAUCAAUGACCUGCGCUCUAUGAUCUCGUCGCCCUUGGCGAAACAGUCAGAAAGCCCGUGGCACAAGACCACUAGGAAGGGCUUGGAGUCGUAUUCGACCGAUUUCAGCUUUAUUCGGGAGGCAGUUAAAUCAUGGGAAACCGCGAGCCAAUCCCGCAAGGAAGCCCUGGAUAGCGAGCGUUUACAUCGUCAAGAGGAGUCGGAAAAACACAUCGAUGCGUUAUUCAACGACAAGGAAAUAGGAUAUGCCGAUAUCAACGUUCUGGAGGAAGAAUUUCGCCAGACAGAGGCUCGAGUUCAGCUAGAUGAAGAACGGCGGGAGUUCGAAGACUUCGAGGCUAACGUUUUCAAGAAGUUGGACAAGCGUUUGAACGAUGAGCUGUCGGCCCUUCGAACUCAGUACGAGUCAGCACUUGGUCAACUCGACCAUGAAAACAGCAGGAUCAAGGACUCCGUCACUGACAAAUACAAUCUUUCCCACACUAUGAAGGUCAUCAACGAAAUUUACCAAAAGCUCGAGGUCCGCUACCAGAAGCGGCUUGAGAUCGCCUUGGAUCUCGAGCGCCGGCGCAAGAAGACCGAAAGACGACCGCUGGUUUUUAUGGGAGAUUCUGCGGCUCUCAAGCGCCUGGAUAGUGACUUUGACGAAAUGGAAAGGCGGAAUAUUCUCGAGGCGGCCAAAGACCGCGAUGAAAGGGCCAAUCGACUGAUGGAUUCUUUUGAUGACGCGAUUAUGCACGGACUGGGUGAAAACCAGAGCCUCCUUGACGAACUCUCUGGCAAGUUGUCAAAAGUCGAUGCCGCGGCCAUCCGCUCCUCCGGAUUGGCAGACUCGGAGAUCGAGCAGAUGUUGAACUCAGUUUACAACGUGGUGGAAUCACUUCGGGGGGAUUCCGAAUCGAUUCUCCACAGCUUUGGCAUUGCAGACUCGGCGCUCAACAACGCAGACUAUCAAGUUUCGGUCGCCGAAGCUCGCUACUCCAAUGCCGAUUUUGACAUUUUCAACCAGUUGGAGAGCGAGAAGAAGAAAGAAGACGCCAAAAUCCAGAGCGACCUUCAGUCCAAGUUGGAGAGUGUUCGUGCUGGACCGGCUAAGAUCACCGAUACCAUCAACGAUCUCCUGAGUACAAUAGACAAAGGCCCCAUUGUAGAGCAAUCCAGCUCGUCAGGAACCGCCACCCCGAGUCAUCCGGCCGAAUCGCUCAUGCCCGGCCCUCCACCCUCUGCGGUUGUCCCUCGAAAGUCGGAAGAAGACACGGCGCAUCAGGAACGACUUCGAAGAGCCCUGGAGGACGCGAAGAAGAGAAACGCCGCCCGACGUAACCCUUGA